AUGAAAAACAAUGAAGAGUGGGAAAAAGAAAAGAUUUAUGAUCGUCAGCUUAGACUCUGGGGCGUAAAGGCACAAAAUCGAAUGAUGAAAUCCAACGUAUUAAUAGUUGGAUUAAGUGGCAUUAACAUUGAAAUAUGCAAAAAUUUAAUCCUAAAUGGGAUUAAUAUAACCAUAAUUGAUGACAAUAUAGUGAAUGAAGAAAUGAUUGAAAAUGUAUUUUUUCUAAACGAAACGGAUUUAAAAAAUUAUGUAUGUCUUGCUAUUUUUAAAGAAUUAAAAAGUAUAAAUAAGUUGAUAAAUAUUAAGGCAUAUAUUGGACGAAUAGAUAUUCCAAAUGAUAAUAUAAUUAUUGAUAGUGAAUUGAUACAUAGCGAUAAUGGUGAUAUAACGAAUGCAACAAUAGACAAAACGUUUACAUUUGAUGAGUACAUAAAUAAUUACACGUCUAUUUGUAUCUCAUGCGAAGAUUAUCCAUUAUACAAAUUAGUGAAGAUAAACGAAAUUUGUCAUGAAAAAAAUAUAGGCUUCUUCGCAGCAAUGUGCAAUGGAAAAUUUGCAUUUUUGUUUUCAGAUUUUGGAAAUCACGUAAUUGAAGAAUCUUAUUACAAAACGACUGAAAAAAGUAAAUGUAUCCUUGUGGAGGGAAAUUGUGAAAAUAAAGAUGGGGAGAACAAGAAGAUUGACAAAUGUAUGAAAAAAACAGGGGUAGUGCAAAUAGAAUAUUGUACGUUGUGUCAUUUCCUUAAAGUACCAUUUGAAAAUUUUGAUAAAAAAACCAACAAAAUUAUUUUUCCGAUUUUUGCCCUAAUACUUUUUGAGCGACAUAAACAAAUUAGUAAGAACGACAAAUAUAUUGAGGAACAAGAAUUUUACACAUUUUGUAACAAAUUUACCAUACUCAACUGUAAAGAAACAUUGGGAGAAAUAACCAAGACUUAUAAGGUUACCUUUUCGCCUGGGUGUUCCAUCAUGGGAGGAGUAACUGCUCAAGAAAUUCGGAAAUUUGUGUCAAAGCAACACGAGUCCAUACCCAACUUUUGCGUUUUUGACAUGAACCAGAACAUUGUCUGCACAUCGAUGAUAUCAUGA